AUGCUCCCUGCAGGUUACGUAGAGGCGCUGAGUAACGCCCAACAGGCCCAGAGUAAGAGGUCAUCUCUUGACAAAGUUCUCUCACCACCUCCUGAGUCCUUCAAAGGAGACGAGGUAUCACAGAACUCUAAUGUCGUGGGCUGGUUCGUGACGGGCCUCGGCCUCAAAAUGCCACAGCCUGUUGCGAGAUCCAGAGAUGAUGUUGAAGUUGUGCCGAAUGCCUCUAAAACACCCAAAGUAGUGGACCUGGUUCUGGAGGAAGUAGUAGAAGCAGACAUGAAGGAUCUGAUUCAGGAGGUUCCAACACAGAUGACACAGCCAACAGAGAUGGCUCAGGCACAGCCGGCACAGCAAAAACAGCCAUUGAAACCAGAUGAGCCUGAACCGACUCUUCCAAAUGUGUCAGAGUCAACAACCCCAUCGCUGGAGGAUGCUGAGACUCAGACGGGCAGGUGGAUACCAUUCAUAGAGAGCAUCAAGAGAGAGGCUGAGGGCGUAGCUAUGGCUACCAUGGAGGAACGGAUGACCCAGGACCGCGUGGAUUUGGUGCGAAUGGCGGAGGAGGUGGCCAGACACACAGCUGAGACGGCCAUCAGGCAGAUGCAAGAUGCCCAAUCAAUCAAACUGUCCAUUCACAGCCAGGAAGCCAUUCUGGAGGAAGAUGAAGACCCAGAGUUACACAUGCUACAGGAGGAGGAGAGUGAGGUGGAGCACACUAAUAAUAAGAUGACAGAGUGCCAGGUGUGUCCUGCUGAGGAGGAGCCAGUGGAGGCAUCAGAGAGUGCCCCUCAGUCAGAGCCCAGAGAGGCUAUAUCACCCGACGUUGAACCAGAGCCCCAGGAGGAGCCAGAGCCCCAGAGGGCCUCUCCAUCCCCUCCUUCAAGCCCAGAGCCAGAGACAUUCAAGACAGCAGAGCCUGAACCUAAACCAGAGGCCCAGGACGCCAAAGUAGCACCUGAACCGGUGACCCAACAACCACAGAAGGCAGAGGACAGCAACAAACCUGACACCUCUACCAAGGAGGAGGGGGAGACUGUAGAGGAGGGCGACUGUGGUGUGAGCUCCAGGCUCAGUGUGCACCCAGCUGUCAAUGUGGAGGAUGUGGAUUCAGGCGGAGAGGGAGGAAGGGGCGGAGGGGAGCACCGCCGCCACCACAUUCCCCAAAUCCUUACCCCACAGGACCCCAACUUCAAGACCCUGACCGUACCCGGAGUGUCCAAAACCAGCCAUCAGAGUAAAGUUGCUGAAAAAGAAAAGAAGCUGUACUCUCAGAGUGAGGAGGAUGAAGAGGAGACAGAGACCGCAGUGAGGGCGUGGCCUAGCCAGUCCAGCAUCCCGAGUGGAGACGAUGGGCUAAAGGAGCGCCCUGCGUCGUCCGCUAGCCAGACCAGCUACGUGGUGAAUGAGCGCCUACAGGAGCUGGUCAAGAUGUUUAAGGAGAGGACAGAAAGGGCCAAAGAGAAACUCAUAGACCCAGAUCACUCUGAUGAUGACAGUCCCACUGCCUCCCCUGCCAGAGCUCCAACACCUCCUCCUCCUGCGCCUCCAGAGGAGCCGAAGGAGGAGGAGAGGGAGAUGGAGGAGCAACAACAGCAACCCAAGUCUAGACUGUGCUGCAAGGUGACGCCUCCUCGCUGGAUCAGAGCCCUGCUGCACUACCGCUUCCCCGCUAGCAUCGACCCCUUCACCAAUCUGGUCUAUGUGCUGUGGCUGUUUUUCGUCACCUUGGCGUGGAACUGGAACAUGUGGCUUAUCCCGGUGCGCUGGGCCUUCCCCUACCAGACCCCCAGUAACAUCUACCUGUGGCUGCUCACCGACUAUCUGUGUGACCUCAUCUACAUCUUGGACAUCCUGGUCUUCCAGCCCCGUCUGCAGUUUGUCCGCGGUGGAGACAUAGUGUUUGACAAAAAGGACAUGAGAGUGAAUUACAUGAAAACCUUCCGGUUCAAGAUGGAUGUCAUCAGUCUUGUUCCACUGGAGUUGUUCUAUUUUAAAACUGGGAUCAACCCACUCCUCCGCUUCCCACGACUACUAAAGAUAAUGUCUUUCUUUGAGUUCAAUGACCGUCUUGAGGGCAUCCUGACCAAAGCCUACGUUUACAGAGUGAUCCGGACCACCACCUACCUGCUGUACUGCCUGCACUGUAACGCCUGUCUGUACUACUGGGGCUCUGCGUAUGAAGGUCUGGGCUCCACGCAGUGGGUCUAUGACGGACAGGGCAACAGUUACAUCCGCUGCUACUACUUUGCUGUGAAGACCCUAAUCACCAUUGGUGGGCUGCCAGACCCCACAACGCUCUUUGAAAUCAUCUUUCAGCUCAUCAACUACUUUGUUGGAGUGUUUGCCUUUUCCAUCAUGAUUGGACAGAUGAGAGACGUGGUUGGUGCAGCCACAGCAGGACAGACGUACUACAGAGCAUGCAUGGACAACACUGUCAAAUACAUGGCCUCCUACCGUAUCCCUAAAGACGUGCAGAACCGGGUCAAAACCUGGUACAACUACACCUGGCAGUCCCAGGGCAUGCUGGAUGAACAGGAGCUUCUGGUCCAGCUCCCAGACAAGAUGAGGCUGGACAUCGCUGUGGAUGUCAACUAUGACAUUGUCAGUAAAGUGUCUCUCUUCCAGGGUUGCGAUAGACAGAUGAUCUUUGACAUGCUGAAGAGACUGAGGUCUGUUGUUUACCUCCCAGGGGACUAUGUCUGCAAAAAGGGCGAGGUUGGACGGGAAAUGUACAUCAUCAAGGCCGGGGAGGUGCAGGUGGUGGGCGGGCCAGACGGGAAGACUGUGUUUGUCACGCUGAGGGCGGGGUCAGUGUUUGGGGAAAUCAGCUUGCUGGCAGUGGGUGGAGGGAACAGGAGAACAGCGAACGUGGUGGCUCAUGGCUUCGCCAACCUGUUCAUCCUGGACAAGAAGGACCUCAAUGAGAUUCUAGUGCAUUACCCCGAGUCCCAGAAGCUGCUCCGCAAGAAGGCCAGGAAGAUGCUCACGAAAGACAAGAAGCCUCCAGAGCCUCCGAAGGAGCCGGCCCAGGUGAUCCCUCCUCGAACGGUGACGCCCAAGCUACUCAAAGCUGCUCUGGAGAUGGCGCAUCAGAAAACAGGCCUCAAAGGGACCCUCACCAAGUUUAAGGAGAAGAUCAACAAAUCCAGCGUUUCUCUACAGCCCUCCUCCCCUCCCCUGUCCCCAGUCUCCAGUCUGGACCCAGAGCUCGAGGCUAACGCCAUGUCACCAACCUUAGACAGCUCCACACUGCUCCACCCCGUCUCCCAUUGUCACCGAGAUGAGACACUCUCCAGGGAGCAGGACCAAGUGGAGGGAGAAGAGGCAGGAGAAAGUGGGAAGAGGAAGGAAAAGAGAAAGCCAUGAGUUGUCUCCAAAAGCAGUCUUCAUGUGGAGAAAGGGAUGCACUUGGUUGUCCCUCUGUACUCUGCUGCAGAGAGGGAGACCAGAGAGAAGAGCCAUGGUUCCUAAAGAUCAUCCAAUUAUGUCUCAGGAGUCACAGUUCCUGUUCCUUUAUACCCAUAGACUCUUCUUUUAGCUAUGAUUUUAGAUUUUAAUCAUUUAGCAGACGCUCUUAUCCAGAGCGACUUACAGUUAGUGAGUGCAUACAUUUUCAUAUUGGCCC